ACAAAUCAAAUGUGAAAUCUUAUCAAAAUAAGUCAAAAAUUACACAUAUAAGCUGGACAAUUUUAAACACAUCAAGGCAGCCACGAGCAUCGAGGAAAUUGGCGCCAUGGAACCAUCAGCUUGUGAAGAUCUAAAGGCUUUCGAGCGACGUCUCACCGAAGUGGUUUCAUCCUAUAGGCCAUCCACGCUCCGUUGGCGUCUUAUAUUAUCCGCAUUAUCAGUCUGUACGGCAAUAAGUGCUUGGUAUUGGCUGAAGGAUCCCCGCACCACCGUAGUCCCAUUAACGGAAUCACUCUGGAUACAUCCCAUUUUCACCGUGGCCACAGUCACUUUAAUCGUACUCUUCAUAUUGGGCAUACAGAAGCUAGUGGUCGCACCACAGAUCAUAACAUCACGCACCCGAAGUGUGCUCACUGACUUUGCUUUGGAUCUGGAGCCGCACACUGGAAAGUUGAUACUGAAGCCUCGGCAAAGUAACAACAAUGGCAAUACAUGAACCCUUUUCUUAAGGAUUUGAUUUAGUUGAUAGUAUUGAGUAGAACAUGUAAACGCCUUGCCCUAUUAAUAUGAUGACUUCCACGACGAUGGCUUAUUCGCAUCAGACACAAGUUUAGUUUAAUGCAUAUCCAUACAAUUAAAAUCUUAAGUACCUUUCAUUUGGUUAAAUUAUAUAGAAGCUCCAUUGUACAAAAUACCUGUUCAUAAUCGUGUUCAUCUGUUUAGUUACAUAUGGCGUUAUUAUUUUCUGCUGCCAAACAAAGCGACAAAUAAAUGACGUUCUAAUUGAAA